UACCGUACUAUUGGUCUAUUCCACCCUUCCGCUUCCGCUUCCGCUUCCUCUCCUCCUCCGGCCCUUUCGGUCGCUCGUCGGCGAGUCCGGAGCUAAAUUUUGUCUUUUGAUCUCGAUUGGAAGCGUCCUGGUGUGGUUAUUUUUUACUUUGUGCGACAGAUUUGGAUCUUCCUGGCGCAGCCUUCUCCUUUGAAUAGUUGGGAGGCAUAGGAUUAGCGAGGACACAGGAAAGUGAUGGCUCUUCUUUCUGUCUCUGCAAUAUGGGAUGAAAUUGACAUCUCUGAGAGAUUGGUCAUCUGAAGAAUAGUAAAUUGUUUGAACGAGGUUGUGUUAACUUCCUGCAAAUGGAUGGAGCAGGAAAUGGUGGCAGAAUAAGAAAAAUGGUGUUUGUAACAGUGGGAACAACAUGCUUCGAUGCUCUUGUUAAAGCCGCUGAUUCUAGACAAGUUAAAGAAGCAUUGUCAAAAAGAGGUUACACCGACCUUAUGAUCCAAAUGGGCCGAGGGUCAUAUGUCCCAUCCAAGGUUUCAGAAGAAGAUGCGCCUCUUACUGUGGAUUACUUUGCUUUCUCACCAAGCAUUGCUGACUACCUCAAAUCAGCAUCCCUUAUCAUCAGUCAUGCAGGUUCCGGGAGCAUAUUUGAGACGUUGCAAUUGGGUAAAACAUUGAUUGUUGUUGUGAAUGAGGAGCUGAUGGACAACCACCAAAGCGAGCUGGCAGAGGAACUUGCUGAGAGGAAGCACCUAUUUUACGCUCGGCCCCAGAUGCUGCAGCAGACUAUCGAAACCAUGGAUUUGGAGACUUUGGUCCCAUAUGUUCCAGGCAGUCCAAAGCCGGUGGUUGACUUGAUUAACAAGUUCCUCGGUUUCCCAGCCGAUUGAGUGUACGAUAAGCUGCUCAUAAGCUUUUCCAAACAAAAUGUUUCAGAUAGGAGGGAUUGUAAUAUGAGAAUGGAUUUGAAGUCUCUAGUUCGUUAUGCACAAGGCGAUCCUGUGCCAGUGGUUGACUGAAUGAACAAAUUCCUAUGUUUUUCAUAUCUGUGUAGAACAAGCUUCUCCAUAAGUUUUGGAAAACAAAAUCUUUCAGAUGGUAGGUUUUGUCAUAUGAAAUCCAAAGAAGUAUUGAGAUCA